CUUGCUUAAGACCCACUUGAUUGCUUCACCUUCCUCUUCUUCUUACUCCAAACUCAGUUCGCUCUGCUCUCCAAUAUCCUUGUGACUUGAGCCUUAAGCAUAUUGAAUGCUUAAUAAAUUCAGCUGCUAAUUCCUGAUAAAUCCUCUCCACAUCCAACUACCCUUCGUCCUCAAGCACACAAGUGGAAGAAUGGGACGGCAUUCUUGCUGUCUCAAGCAGAAGCUGAGGAAAGGCUUGUGGUCUCCUGAAGAGGAUGAGAAGCUCUACAACCACAUCAUUAGAUAUGGAAUUGGAUGCUGGAGCACUGUGCCUAAAUUAGCAGGACUGCAACGCUGUGGCAAGAGUUGUAGGCUCAGGUGGAUCAAUUACCUCCGGCCGGAUCUUAAAAGAGGCAACUUCUCUCAGCAAGAGGAGGAUUUGAUCGUAAGCCUGCAUGAGAUUAUGGGAAACAGGUGGUCUCAAAUUGCAUUGCAGUUGCCAGGGCGAACCGAUAACGAGAUCAAGAACUUCUGGAAUUCGAGCCUGAAGAAGAAGCUACGGCACAGGGGAAUCGACCCAAGCACCCACAAGCCACUCGGCGAGGUAGAAGCAAACCAGGAGGUUCUCCACUCAAACGUUGAAAGUGAUGCAGCAGGCAUUGAGCAGUUGCCAUUGGCGCCGGCCCUCGAUCCCUUCCCCUUUCUCGAAUUCCAUACCUGUUUGGAUUCAACGGAGAAUGUGAACCUGAAUAUCUACACCCAAUUCCAGCAAAACAUGAUCGAACCAAUAGGGCAGAGUGAGUGUUUGACCAAUACAGGUUUGUGUGGUUAUAGCAGCAACAUCUUGGAUAGCUCGGAUAACUUCGGCUAUGGAGAAAGCUCAAGCAACAGCAGCACCAACUGGAACUGCAACAUCAAUCUACCAGAUGAAGCCCUGAAUUGGGCAUCAGAGAGCAAGGCACAUGAACACAAGUUUAAUCCCUGGCAACAAGUUUGCUUCAAUGCGUCUCGAGGACCAAUGGCCAGUGAAUUCAAUCUGGAUUUGUUCUAGAGUUCAUGGAACUGUCUCCCUGUUUUUAUUCAGAUUGGAUAAAAGAACAAUGCUAUGAAAUGUUAUAGAUGUCCUUGUGGUUUGUUCCUAGCUAA